AUGACUGAAUUGGUAGACAUAUUUGCCGAGCUGGGGAUUUCGCAUUACCUCGAGGACUUCAUCGAUCAAGGCUUUGAUACCUGGGAUACGAUCCUCGACAUCACAGAGUCUGAUUUUGAUGCUCUCGGUGUCAAGCUCGGACACCGCAGAAAGCUCCAAAGGAAGAUUGCCAAUUCAAGAGGAUUGUCCUCGGACAGAGCACUCGCCUCUCCGCGACAUACACCAAGUGAAGAUCGACAACCGGAAGAACAAAAGGCGGGAGCAACUAAGGCUGAUGCGAGGGAAGGUGUUGCAGCUCAUGGGGCGAAGCGGAAGUACAGGAGGCACCCCAAGCCAGACGACAACGCACCUGAGAGGCCACCGUCUGCGUAUGUCAUAUUUUCAAACAAAAUGCGCGAGGAUCUUAAAGGAAGAAAUUUAUCCUUCACAGAGAUAGCGAAGCUUGUGGGCGAAAAUUGGCAGAAUAUUUCACCCGACGAAAAAGAGCCAUAUGAGCAACAAGCGUCCUCGGCGAAAGAAAGAUACAACAACGAACUGGCAGAAUACAAAAAAACGAGCAGCUAUAAGGACUAUUCGCAGUACUUGGUGGAAUUUAAGGCCAGACAGUUAAAUCAGCAACAGGUAACUGACUUGGAAAUUGCAAAACGCCCAAAACUUGAGCCACAUGUAAGCAAUGGAUCUAGUGGGACGGCAAGCAGUUGUGCAAGUCAGCAUGGCGCAGAUAUUCCAAUUGUUCGAGCCCGUGUUGGAUCCGCUACUCCAAGUAAUGGCCCAUGGCUUGCUGAGGGCUACAGUCCUGCUGGUGUAUCGAAGCUGAAUGUUGCUGGUGGUCCCUCGAACAGCCAGAGCUCGCCAAAUACUUCCUCACCAAGCUUCCUACCUGGCUAUCGCGAAUCCAUAUACGGAGGAACACAGCAGUCGCUGCCCUGGAGAGAUGUGCAGCGUGAGGACAAUCCUGCCCCUCAGAAACUCUCUCAUCUCGCAAGUAUCUCGGACCGGCGUUCCAGUCCCCCAAGCCUUCAUAAUUCCGACUCUCCCAUUCUUACUGGCUCGGUCCAACACCAUCCACACCGUACAGCUCCCACACAAAGUCAUCCUCCGCCAUUGUUAUCCUCCGAGUCAACAAACAGAUCAGCUUCUUCUGCCAGUACAAGUUCAUACUUUACUCCCCAUACACCGAUGGAGCCGCCCCCCGAGAGAGCUUUACCUAUCCCGUCACUAUACCCCCAGAAGUCAUAUGAAACCCAGCUUCCACCCUUAAGGCCACCUUCUUUAUCGCCGCAGUCAGCCAGCCUUAGUUCCCAGCAAUCCCCCAUUGCUAUUUCAUCAUUUUUUGAGCACCCAUCAUCAAUGGCGCCUAUGCGAGGGUUCACUGCAACAUCACCUCAAAACAUUGGGCAUGCAGAGCGGCCUGAUACAAACUCGCGUGACUUCAUAUCGCAAAGUACAAAUGACGACAAUAAUCUGGACCCCGUUAGUGCACUUUUAAAAGCAGGGGAAAUCGUCAAUCGGAACAGCAGGUAUCAGCAGAACAUAACUUGA